AUGGCUUCCGAACCGACCUCGGCCCUGCUGCUGCUGCCACCUCCGCCAGCGGCCGAUUUUGAACGACUUAAGUCUGCAUACGAGGCUACUCUGUCAACUGUCUGCUCUACCCUUCAUCUCAAGCUGGACGGGUCCGACCGCGUGGCUACUCUCGAUGUUGCACUUUCCCUACCAGGCUUGCUCGCCCCUUCCUGCCGACCCCGCACUAGAGCGUUUGCAAGCCUGCAGUCGAUUCUUGAAGGCAUAUACCGGUUGAUUGGGAUUGUAUGUAUCGAACACAAGAUCGAGUUGGAUAUGCCUGGAGGCAUCGAUGCACGGGUCAUACUCCUCGACUAUGAUCUGUCUCGGAGCCCGGAAAGCAUUCCAGCAGUUCCGCGCGAUGGCCCGAUCGUCGACCUGCGGACUCUGGCUAGGUCAGGACGACCAUGGAAGUCAAUUUACUACCCUGAUAACCAGAUAGGACAGGAUCUGGCCGCAGCCUUCAGUAGCUUCUAUUCUCCGGUGGCGGAUUCUAAACUUCCCGACUAUGGUGCAUUACAUGCCAUCCCAGACGCACCUCACUGGACUCCAUCAGAAUCUCUUGUGACCCUAGGCAAUCUCCACGAAGCCACGUCGCCCUACACAGUCGCUGUAGGGGGCACGUUCGACCACUUCCACAUUGGACACAAACUAUUACUGACCGCGACAGCACUUGUCCUACAGCCCGUGGAGGAUGCUGAUGCGGGGAGGGAACGAGUCCUCGUCGUGGGAGUGACCGGCGAUGAGUUGUUGGUAAAGAAGAAGUAUCCCGAUUUCUUGGAAAGCUGGGAAGAACGCAGCCAUAGCACGGGUGCCUUCUUGACUGCCAUCAUGAAUUUCCGUGCUCCCGGACCCAGUCGACCUCGGCUUGAAGAGGCCCUGGAGCCGGGUCUUGAUGGAAAGUAUAUCCUCAUGAAGUUACGGCCCGAUCUAGUUUUCAAACUGGUGGAGAUAAAGGAUCCAUUUGGUCCUACCAUCACUGAUGAGAGCAUUGGCGCCCUUGUGGUCUCUAAGGAGACUCGGUCGGGCGGCGCUGCAGUCAAUGAUGCACGGACGAAGAAAGGAUGGGCACCGUUGGCUGUUUUCGAGGUCGAUGUCCUGCAUACAACGGAGGUGCCUCCCGAUGACGCGGAGGACUUUGCAUCCAAGAUAAGCAGCACGGAUAUCAGGCGACGGCGGAUGGAGAAGGCUUUGCAAUGA